AUCACCCCGACAACCGAUCGCGCGGCCGCGAUGCCCAUCGCAACGAAACCCGACAACGAAACGCUUUUAAAACUAAACUAAAACAACCAAAAUCGAACGCGCGAAUUCCAGAAUACUCCCCAAAUUCAAAUUUAGAAUUUAUACUUUUUAAAUCGCGCGAGAAUAAAAGCAUAUGGCCAGUCCAAGGAUGUAAACUUUUUUUGUUAUGACCAAGUGAAUUGAAAUGUGGAUCUUAUGUGUAUAGUGUAAAGUUCAGUUUUAAAGUGUUUAAGGAUUAAAAUAAGUUUUUAAAAGACUGAGCCAUGUGGAGUAUACUUCUAGUCCUGUCGCUUCUAGCGACCGCGCGGUCAAAACAGCUCCCGACUGCCACAGAGCUAUCCACAACAGCGAUAGCGAAAGCGACAGACGAGGACACGACACCGUGGCCAGGCUCUCUCGCUCCCUUAGACACGCUGGCUGUCGCGUGCGAGCGAGACAGCAUGCAUGUCACCAUCACGCUAGCGCACAACUCUGUGUUUGGAGACAGUCUCUACGACACAUUCAACGGUAUAGUCUACCCAGCAGGCCUGGGCAGCAACUCAUCCUGUCUGCGAGAGUACGUGGAGAAGCGAGGGGACCUGCAGUACACUUUGCCGCUCAAGGGCUGCAAUACCAUGUCCACUGACAACGACGAUGGCACCGUCGAAUACUUCAACAACAUCAUCGUCCAGCCCCACCUCCGCCUCGUCACCGGCCAGGGUCGCGGGUACCACGUCAGGUGCCGAUACAGAAGGAGGGACCUGGCUCAGUUCCAUAUCUACCCUAGAGCAUCAGCUCUUAGUUCCAACACUCUUGAAGAACGAGAGGAUUUCGAUGAAGACUCCGGUCUGCUGCCGUCCGUUACGAUGAAAAUUUACAAAGGGGACCCGAAAGAUAAACAGGUGGCGUCCAACGUACGGAUCGGCGACACGCUAACCCUAGUGGUGUCUCUGGAGAAACAGAAACGGUUUGGUCUCCUCGUUUCCGAGUGUUCCGUGAGAGACGGACUGGGCUGGGCAGAACAGAGCCUAAUCGCUGAUGACGGUUGCCCGCUAGAUGGCGAGAUAAUGGGCAUGUUCCAGUACGGUGACGAGCGACAGGACGCACGCGUGUCGUUCCCGGCACACAAGUUCCCUUACACCGCUAGCGUGUAUUAUACUUGCGAAGUUAAACUGUGCGACUUGAAUCAUCCUACCGACUGUGAGCCCUGUUCCCACAAGCGACGCGUGCGGCGUCAAGAAGAAGGCUCACCAGCCACUGUCGAAGUCUUCUCUGGGCUUUACGUCAACGAGCAAGACUCGCUUGACAACGAGGUUACAACUGAAAAGAAAGAAGACGAGAUCUGCAUAUCGCAGCGCAACUUCGCCAUAGGCAUUUGCAUCGCUGGCGUUAUUUUAAUGGCGUGUGUCAUUGCCGCCAUCGCCUUCAUACUAGCGCGCAGACGCGGCAAGAGCCACUCCGGCAGUUCGUUGUACAGUGGACCAUAUACUAAUACUGGGUAUUCGCAUACUAGCUAAACCAACCGCAUGACGCCAUAGACUUCAGUGGACGCCAUACACUUCAUCGCGGCAAGAACCAGUCUGGCAGUUCGUUGUACAGUGGGUCUUAUACUAAUACUGGGUAUUCGCAUACUAGCUAAACCAACCGCAUGACGCCAUAGACUUCAGUGGACGCCAUACACUUCAUCGCGGCAAGAACCAGUCUGGCAGUUCGUUGUACAGUGGGUCUUAUACUAAUACUGGGUAUUCGCAUACUAGCUAAACCAACCGCAUGACGCCAUAGACUUCAGUGGACGCCAUACACUUCAUCGCGGCAAGAACCACUGGCAGCUCACUGUACAGAGGCCCUUAUACUAGUGGGGUUCUAAUACUAGCUAAACCAACCUCAGACGAUGUGACGCCAUAGACUUCAGUUGACGCCAUCGCCUAUUUACUAGCGCGCAGACGCGACGUCAUUCCGGCAGUUCGCUGUAUAGUGGCCCUUAUACUAAUACUGGGUAUUCGCAUACUAGCUAAAUAGAUUACCAACCUCAUGACAGUCACGAUGACGCCAUGGACUUGACUUAACGCCAUUGCCUUGACGUCACGCCGUAGUCUUCAUAUGACGCCAUAGUGAUCAACCUCGCGCGCGAGAGCCAUUCAGGCAGCAUAGUAGAUGAUUCUGUAAUUUCCUAUUUUUCGAUAAUAUAAUAAAACUACAAAAAUAAUGAAAAGGGUAUCUAUCAUAUCAUAGUUAUUCUUACAAAUUCAAAUCUUUUUGACGCUUAUUAUAAAAUGAUUUAGAAGACAAAAUAAAAAGAGAUUUAAAAAUCUUGACUGCAAAAAUAAAGGUCAGCUGUAACAAAAGGUCAAAAAUAAACUGGAAAAAGUUUUAUCGUCGGGGGCGGGUUGUAACGAACUUUAAGAUUUAGAAUUUGAAAGAAACAAAACAUCACAAAAGUAAUCGCCAUUUAAUAGUAUCAGUAAUUAAGAAUUCAAUGACUUUGAGUGAAAAAUUAGAGUUCUAAUGUUUUUUUUUUAUUUCUUGUUUUUACUUAGUAUGAAAAAGUAUUGGCAACCUCAAAUAUGAACAGUUCUAUUGCAUAGCUUCUUAAUGUAAAAAUCUAUAAUAAUGUUUACAAUAAGAAGGUAUGUUCAAAUAGAUACCUAAUAGAUAGAAAAUAACAUUUUAUCACAAUUUAAACGCUUUUUGUCGGUUUCAAAGACAUCGAAUAGAUUAAGUAGCGGAUAGUCGGGAAACGAAUUAAUAAUGAUAUUAAAAUAAACUUAGGUGUUCCUUAUUAUUAUACAAAAUUGUGAUAUUUUCGCAAUUUAUGUUUAGCCACAUUUUGUAAUAUAUUCAAUAUUCAUAUUAUUAUCAUGUUUUGUGUUCUAAGCAUUGACCAAUGAAUUAAUAGUCAAAAACAAACAACGAAAAUUCAAAAAUAUUAAACCUAUCUCUAAAUAAAAUGUAUUUGAUAUAUUGUCAAAAAUGUCAUUAGCAUUCACUAAAUGUCAGAAAAAUUCAAUUUCGUAACCAGUUACAAUCGAAUUUAAUACUGUUUUGUAACUGGUUACGAAACAUCGAAGAAAUAUUUUUUUGCUUUAAAUUACCAAAUUAAAAAUAUGUAUGUAUGUCGGUCUAAUGUAGGAACACCUCAUUCAGUCAUAUUUAGCAUAAGUUUAGUUUUACAAAUAUGUAUCUAGUAGUACAGUAUUAAAUAUAAAGUGUUACCAAAUCAGUCACAGAUAUUUUUACGGCUUAAUAAAAUAAUUAAAUGAGAUCUCUCUGAACACUUUUAACACAUGAAGGACAGUGUUAUACAUCCUGACAGGCAAUUACAUUAUAGGGGAUGGCUAUUCAGAAAAUAAAUCAAAAUAUUUUUUUUGUUAAGAACAUGUAAGCGAAAAUUUAGUUUUCAGUACAGAUGGUGUUUUUUUUUACGCACUAGUGCGAGAAGUGGUUCAUUAUAUGCCAGGUCGAAACUUCGGAGGCUCAUCUGUACUGAAAAACGUCGUACGAUACACGUGCGAAAA